UUAAAACUCCGGUGUCCUCGCUCGUCGACUCUGCCUUUGGAAUGCGUGACCAGAGAUGCCUGUGAGGGUAGUCGAGAGCUCCUCCCCCUCCCAAUCCUCCGGGCAAGAUCCAAAUUCUGGGCACGCUUCUCCUCCUAGCUGUUCACUAUUGAGUGUUGGAAGGUGUUUUGCGGGAACUCAGAAUGUUUCAAGUUUUCAAAAGGAUGAAGCAUGGAAGGUCAAUGUUCGAAUACAUGGAUGUGAUCUUGAACAUGGUUAUUUGUGUGGUACUAUGGAAGCACUCAAUGUGCCCUUAGCAGAUACACCUGUAGUUACAUUCUGGGAGGGAGAAAUAGUGGAUGCUAAGAACUACACAUUUUUCACUGGCAAGUGGGAAGCGACGCCAGAGGAUGACAUAAAACACUGGUCUAAGUUCCAAUCUUUUACCCCACUUCUGAGUCAGAUCGAGGCAGAUGGUGGUAAAUCUUUGGACCUAAGCAACUAUCCCUACAUAUUUAUGAGAUGGAAGGAGCAAUACUUUGUCAAUGUUGGAAUAGACUGUGGAUUAACCAUUGCAGGUUUCUACUACGUCUGCUUUUCUUGUAGUGAUGGCUCCAUUAGUGGCUUCUAUUACGACCCAAAUAGCAGUCCCUUUCAGAAGCUCGAAUUGAAGUGUUCCAAUGGGCAGCAGUUGGGUUUCACCUUUUCCUCAUAUGAGCUACAGUGACAGCGAACUUUGUAUGCUCCAGGUGAAGUUCAUCAUGUGAAUGCAUUAGAAUUUGCGGUUAUGGUGUGUGUAGUAUUUAGGACAGCUGUUGAUGUGUCGAUGUUUAUCAUAUAUUUGGAGUGGCGUGAAUAUGUAUCAGUGGAUUGUAAUCAUAGUGAAUGAGAGCCUCUUAAAUUUGGAAACCAAUAUUUUGUUUUUCGUGUAGUUUAA